AUGGCAAAAUUAUUCCAAAUCCUUUUAGUGAGCUGCUUUGUGCUUGCACUCUGCACCGCAGAAGCACCACGAGUACGGUCCAUACGCUUUCAAAAUCAACGCCGCAGUCGUGUCUUAGCACGUCAAGAAGUAGCUGAAGAAGCUGUCACUCCAUAUCCUUCAGCAGCCGAAUUGAAACCAGAACUGCCAUUUAAUGAAGCAGAUAACUCAGAACCAGCAGCUUUGGCACCUGAAGAUAAUAUUAAUGUACCCGAAGUUAUUGAUAAUCGUCAACCUGAUUUGACCUACGGACCACCAGAAGCUGAAACCGAUGACAUUCCUGUCGAUGAAGAAGAAGAACAAGAUGUUUUACCAGCUGAAGAAGCUGUGGCUGAUGUAGCGCCAGAAGAUGAGCCAGCUGAAGAAGUUGCUGUUGAUGAACAACAAUCGGAGCGCUUGACUCGUGGUCGUCGUAUUAAUUCACGCAAAAGUGCACGUCCAGCUAAAUUGCGCGCUGCUCCGAAAGCCAAAUCAGCACGUCUCCAACAACAACCAUUACAACAACAAGUUCAACCACAAUUUGUAGCACAACCAGUAUUCUUCUACACCGCACAGCUCAGAAAUUGGUAAAAUUAUAAUAAUGGAUUAAGGGCUACUAUAUGCCUUAAAUAAAAUGUACCUUACAAAUGUUUCCUAUAUAUUGCAACAAAUUGUUUCUAAAUAAAUUAAUAAAUAAAUAA